AUGAUCAAGGCAGCGGAGUACGGCCACAACUCGUGGGAGCUGUCUGUGGUGGUGGACCAGCAGGACCUGGAGGAGAGCAUGAGGUUCAAGAUGAGAGUGGAGGGAACGCUGCACAUAGGAGGCCUCAUGCUCAAGCUGGUGGAGAAGAUCAAAGCACCUCAGGACUGGUCGGACCAUGCCCUGUGGUGGGACCAGAAGAGCUGCUGGCUGCUAAAGACCCACUGGACGCUGGAUAAGUACGGGAUCCAGGCGGACGCUGACCUCCACUACACUCCCCAGCACAAGCCCCUGUGCCUGCAGCUUCCCAGCAUGCGCACCCUUCGCCUCAACGUCAGCUUCUCCAGCGUCGUCUUCAAGACUGUCGCCGAGAUCUGCAGGUUACUUAACAUCCGGAGAUCGGAGGAGCUGUCCCUGCUCAAACCUCCAGAUGACCCCAGGAAGAAGAAGAAAAAAGACAAGAGUCCAGAGUGGCAGGUGGAUGAGAUGCUCACCAAGGACAUUCUGGACAGCACUGCAACUGGCGUCUCAGGAAGCCCUGGCUUCUACAGCACAAGCAUGACGUUCCAGACAGAGAACGGGUUCCACUACAAUCCCAAGAACCCGCUGGCCAAAUGCCAACUGAACCUGCCUUCUGACGAGCUCGCCAAGAUGUUCCAGCCUCUGGACCUCGAGGACAAGGCCGUCAUCAACGCUGGGUGGCUGGACUCCUCCCGCUCACUGAUGGAGCAGGGAAUCCAGGAGAGUGACAGGCUGCAGCUGCGCUUCAAGUACCACUGCUUCUUUGACCUUAACCCAAAGUAUGAUGCAGGUCGUAUCACACAACUCUAUGAGCAGGCCCGCUGGUCCAUCCUAUUGGAGGAGAUCGAUUGCACUGAAGAGGAGAUGCUCAUGUUUGCUUCACUGCAGUACCACAUCUGCAAACUGACCAGCAUGUCGACGGAUCAGAACAACCGCUCAGACGAGGCGGAGGUGGACGAGGUGGAGGCAGCCCUGUCUAGCCUGGAGAUGACCCUGGAGGGGGGGACCGCUGACAGCCUACUGGAGGACAUCACGGACAUCCCCAAAUUAGAAGAUUCCCUGAAGCUCUUCAGACCCAAGCGUUUGACUCUGAAGCCUUAUAAAGAGUACUGGUUCGUCUUUAAGGACACCACCAUCUCCUACUACAAGAACAAGGAGUCUGCCAGCGGGGAGCCCAUGGAACAGCUCCACCUCAGGGGCUGUGAGGUUGUGCCAGAUGUGAAUGUGACAGACAAGAAGUUUGGCAUCAAGCUGCUGAUCCCAGUGGCAGAUGGCAUGAACGAGGUCUACAUCCGCUGUGAAACUGAGACGCAAUAUGCCAAGUGGAAGGCUGCCUGCAUCCUGGCCUCUAAGGGGAAGACGAUGGCCUACAGCUCCUACCGCACGGAGGUCAAGAACAUCCAGUCUUUCCUGCAGAUGAAGAGUCUGGCGCCACCUUCUGGCCAGACCUCGCCAGCCCCGGACUCCAUGGAGAUGAACGCAGAGAGCUUUGUGUCGCCGCGCUACGUCAAGAAGUACAAAUCCAAACAGCUGACCACUAGGAUUCUGGAGGCCCAUCAGAACGUGUCCAAGCUAUCCCUCAUGGAUGCCAAGAUGCGUUUCAUCGAAGCAUGGCAGUCACUUCCUGAGUUUGGCAUCAAGUACUACGUUGUCAGAUUCAGGGGGAGUAAAAAAGAUGAGCUCCUGGGCAUCUCCUACAAUCGGCUGAUCCGGAUCGACAUGGCGACGGGUCUGCCUGUGACGACCUGGAGGUUCUCCAACAUGAAACAGUGGAACGUUAACUGGGAGAUCAGACAGGUGGCCAUUGACUUUGACCAGAACGUGUCUCUGGCCUUCUCCUGUGUAAGCUGUGACUGUAAGGUUGUUCAUGAGUACAUUGGUGGCUACAUCUUCCUCUCGACCCGCUCAAAGGACCAGAAUGAGACACUGGACGAAGAUCUCUUCCACAAACUCACAGGCGGGCAGGAGUGAUGUGAUUCGGAUAGCUUAGAGACCAUUUCAUUUUACAUUCACAUGAUUUAUGAGUCCAGGAUUCCAGUGAUGAGAAUUCUAGAACAAGCUACACCCACCGUCGCACACAGUGAGGGGUCCUUGUAAUUGUCCUUUGAGAUUAGCACAAGUUUGUGUGUGUCAGUUUCAGAAAGUCCAUUAUGAAAACUGAUGUGUUACUGAUGUAAAAACAUCAAUGGUAUUCUAAUCAGAUUGGAGAUGGUAGUUGACUCUGGCCCAACUCCGUUUUAAAAUCACUGGACUAUAAAGAAAAAUUAACAAGAUGUUUCAGUGUUCAAACAGUGAUCCAAACAUUAAAAAGGGUGAAAGGAAGUACAAAUAAACCCAAAGAUGUUACAUGAUGACAAAAUUUGUGUGUAUUUUUGCCAAAGUCACCGGUACUUCCUGUCACACCUUUAUAUGAUGAUGGUGUUUGGAUGAACACUGAAACUUCUUGUUAAUUAUCAUUUUAUAGUCCAGUAUUUUUAAUAUACCCUUCUAAACAUUUUAUUACCUGGAUGUCCUUAAAAUGAACUUACAUAGACUUCUUAUGGAUACUUCAGAGCCAUUACUUCAUUGCUUUACUCACAGUUAAUCAAGGUCCUGCUACAGCUCACUUAGGUGCAGCCAACUCUCAUGCUUUUGACGUGAGACUAGGAAGAAUUUUAAAUGUCUAAGACAGCCAUUCUGAGCUUGUAAUGAACUAAAAUACUGGACUGGGCCAAGAAAACCUUUAACCUUUAACCCUGUCAACUGUAUCCUCUGACAACAUCAGGACUAUCUGGUGAGGAGGCUUUUAGAAACUCUAACUAGAACUAGGCCUGUCUGUCACUGAAGAAUUUGGGGUUUCAUUCCACUGGCUUUGAAAUUACUUUCAUUAGAGUUUUAAAAAGUUUGACCUUUUUAUCUUGUUCAUAUAGUAGGCUUUCCUGAUUGUUUUGAUAAAUGGGUAAAAUGGACUGUUGCUGCUGUUUACAAUAAAUAUAUUUUUAAAAA